AUGUCCCCUCCGGUCGCCGCCCGCCUCGCCAGCCGCGAGCACGCCGCCCGUGGCGAGGCGCUGCGAGCCAAGAUCGAGAGCCUGCAUGGCCAAGCCGCAGAGCGCGCCGAGGCGCUCAAGGCCUCGGUGGUCGCCAAGGCGCGCACGCGGAACGGAGUGACGCUGGAGAAGGCGGCGCUCACGCGGCAGACGAUCCACGCGGCCGCGAUGGAGAAGACGGCAGCACGCUCUGUGCGAGCGGACCGAGCCGCCUGCCAACGCGAGGAGGCGCUCGAGGCGAAGGCGGCCAAGGCCCGGGCUUCCCAGGCCAAGGCCGCCGAGGCGGCGCGCCGCGCCACAUCCCUGCGUGGAGGCGCCGGUCCCGAGCGCGACGACGCCGACCUCGCUCGCGCAGUGAGCCCCGACAGCGUGCUCCACUCGCCAAAGACGAAGCUCGACAUUGACCGCUUUGUGGCUCGCCACCUCCUCGCGGACAUCGACGUCAGCCCGCGCGGCGACGACGCCGGCGGCUCGCCCGACGGCCGCAGCCCGGCUUCCUCCGCCGCGAGCAGCAGCGGCACCAUCGUCUACGGAGACUCUGACAGCGGCACAGCGCCCGCGACCCCCAGUGACGCAGGUGCCGCUCUCGCGCCGGAGCCGCCCGAGGAGCAGGCGCAGCCGGAGGAGCAGGCGCAGCCGGUGGAGAAGGCGCAGCCGGUGGAACACGCGCAGCCGGUGGAACAGGCGCAGCCGGUGGAACAGGCGCAGCCGGUGGAACAGGCGCAGCCGGUGGAACAGGCGCAGACUGUGGAGCAGGCGCAGCAUCAAGGCUCCGACGGCGAGGAUCCCGAGGGAGAGGUUGUGACCGACGACUCCCUGCCGGACCUCGAGGAAGAGACUCCGUCGCCGACGCCUCCGAGUCUGCGGGCUCGUCGAAGCUCGUGCACCGACGCCGCCUCGGCGCAGACGUCUCCGGGGGACGCCUCGGACACGUACGAGCCCUACGAGCCGCCGCCGCGGUACUCUGAGCCGGCAGCGGCGCCGGCGGCUGUCCCCGUCCCGCACCCAGCGCCACGGCUUCGCUCGGGCGCUGCCGCCGCUCUGGCCGCUGCGGCUGCGACCGGCGUGGUCGCCGCCUUUGCCCUGACCUCGCUCAAGCUGGCCUCGCUGGAGUCGCUGCCCUCGCUGCCCUCGCUGCAGUCGCUGGCCUCGGUGCCGUGGCUGGCCGACGCGCCGCCUGAGCCCGCGGCAGCGCCCGAGCCCGAGGGCGUUCAGGCGGCCGUCCUGGCGCUGCUGGGCAUCGACGGCGACGGCGACGGUGCGCGGGCGGAGAGCUGGGGUGGUGGCGCACUCGCCGCCUCGGAGGCGACGGGCCGCCGCCUCGCCGUCUUCGCGGCCGCUGCCCUCGAGCGGCUGUCGGCCACGCUCCCGCUCCGCUCGUGCGCCUGA